AGUGUCGUCUCUUCGUCUGUGUAUCAAGUUAGUUGGUUGUCACAUGCUGGAUCAUGGAUGGUGCAGAGUUAUUGGUGUUCGUAAAGUGGAACAGUUUGGUGGAAAGAAGUAAAAGAAUGAUAAGCCACAUGGGGAUGGCAGGGACUCUGAUGAAUUUCCCCUGCAGUGGACAAGACUUACUUAGGCACUUUCAAAAAGCACCUUCACAAAUGAUAGAUGAAAUCAGAGAUCAGAACCAGUUCGAGUCGCAGUCUGACAAACUUGCGAGAAAGCUGAAAGAAAGUCCAUUUUUUGGAAUUGGGUUGUUAGCUAUGACGGGAGUUUGUGCAGUAGGUGCCUAUAGGUUUCGCCGUCCCCUGACCAUGUCUACGCCCCAGUACCUGAUGCAACUGAGGGUAGCUGCCCAAGGUGCCUGUGUAGGAAGUGUUGUUGUAGGAGCUGCCUACACUAUGGCGACCCAACACCACAGCAAUGGAGAAGACUAACCACCUAACACCAAAAUAUACUAGACACUGAAUAUGCUUUAGCUAAGCAUAUGAUUUAUAUCAAUGGACCUGAUUAAUAAAACCGCUGUUUUUAGAGGGUAACAAAGCUAUACAGUAUACAAGGCAUCACACUCUGUUGUACACUCAUCCUUCGUUAAUAUUUGGUUUAAAAUAUAAAUUGGGUCCCCAUCUCAGUUGAUAAUGAUAACAAUAAUGAUAGUGUUCAUUCUUUUACUUCAAGUAAUAAACUCUCAUUCCCUUGUCAUAAAACCUCUUUAUCAAUUUCUUCAAAAGUGCAGCUGUUGAACUUAAAA